AUGUCAUGGUGGACAUUCCAGGAUCAGAUUGCCGAGACAAUGGGCUGCCAUGAGACCCGGCUACGCUUGGGCUAUAGGCUCAGCACUGCAAGAGCGGGAGAGAAGGCACACAGCCUCGAGACACUGGACGAGUAUUCCGAAAUGCAACAAGAAAUAGUCUCAGAACGCGAGAAACGGGUGGUCCUCCAGAAAAAGGCGUCCAAGAUGAAGCCUCCGAAGGCGUUGAAAGUGUUGAUUAAGGACAGGCGAAAUAAGGCUGAAAAAAAGACCAUCGCGAAACCAAAAACCGCCUCAAAAACUUCUUGUGCUAAGCUCAACAAUAGUGCCGAUCCAGACUUGGUCGAGUCCACAUCGGCAACAGCUCACUUUGUGGGCAAUUUCCAUCGAAUUGCACUGUGCAACCCUCUCAGUUCUCCUGACUCGCUCAAACUUUCAAGUGAGAAUGAUACUCGUCCGCCCAAACCCAGCAAGUCUAAACAAACACCUGGUGCGACAUCCGGUUAUCCUCCACCACCAAUUCCAGGUGCCAUGUGGCCAUAUCCCACAGGAUUUGCACCGUUCAAUACUGCCGUGCCUCAGGCAUAUGCAAGUCACGACGCAGGUGUAAAUCCCGGUGCAAUUCCAAUCCCGCUAAAUUUACGCUACAUGUCAAUUGAAAGACUCCUUGAAGUGCUUGAUGAAGAAGAACUGCCGCCAAAAUCUCACCUCGCGAUGAAGUACAAAGAGCACCCCAAAGUACUCAGUGAACUCCUUGAGCCUAAACCCCCCUUUGCGACCUGUGUACGCAUUAUAAGGCGUGCGAAGGAUGAAGUACAACACACUCAAGAUGCUUAUUUGUCUGGCGAUAGGUCGGUUCUCAUCUAG